UUAACGCAAAGGUGUCGAUGAAGGGAAAGCGCUUGGCAAUCCAUCUUGAUCUGAGACGAUUCAAAAUCAUCUCAAAUCAAUCUGCUUUGGAAUCAUUGGCUCUGAUUCCACUGCAGGGUCUUCUGAAGACGUUAUUUCAGGUAUCUGUGGUUCCUCUCAUCAACACAUUGAGAAGCGUUAGAGCAGUGUGUGCACAUCUAAUGCUCAUGUCGUUCUCGUGUAAGAUUACACCAAGCGUGGUGUGCAGAUUCCUCUUCCAGACGGGAUCGACUUCAUCGAGGAGGUGGUGGAGUAUCACAAUGGUUACAUCAUCAUAGGAGCCAACCUACAAUUCAGAACAGGACUGCGAGAAUUAAUCACAAAACAGCUGGCAAGCUCUUCAGACAACUCAAUUUGAGAAGGGAAUAAAUGACGCAAAAACAUUAACAUGUAUUUCCAUGAAACCUACGGAUAGAUAUAAUGUUUGGAAAAUAGAUUAUAAACUAACCUUCCAGAAAAAGCAAGAUAUUGGUCAACUUAAACAAGCAUUCGGACCUCAAGAUUGCAUACGUGGAAAAAAAACUGAUUUGAGAUUAGUUUUGGAACUGUACACAACAUACGUUACUUUACACAAGUGAAAUAGUUUUAUGUUGACUUUCCAGUUUUGGACUGAUCACACUGCUGUAAUAUUAAAUGUAUAAACCGUGUAUUUGAUUUUGUACAAGUGUCUAAAAUCAUGUUGGUUUGUUGUUCUCUAAAGUUUAAAAUACUCUUUGUUGGAAAUCAUUUACCUUGAUACCGGUAACAAUAAAGUUGUAGAUAGUAUGAACUAACAAUAAAAAUACCAUUAAUAAAA